AUGCCGGGCAUCCCAAGAACCAAGGGCUGCUCAGUCUGCAAAAUCAGAAAAAUAAAGUGUGACGAGAAUUGGCCUAGCUGCACGCCUUGCCGGCGCUCCAAACGCCAGUGUCCGGGCCCAACACCACUUGUCAAUGACUCGUACAUCGCUCCUCGAGAUGCUGCGCCAGGAUCAGCGAGCCAUGGCAGCAAGAGAGGGCUGGUCAUUCGUGAUGGCCAUCGCGCGACGGCCAAAGCCAAGGCUCAAGCCAACAAACUCAGCCUACCUUCAAACCAUCCAUCCGAAGGCGGCCCUCUCACAACAUCGAGAUGCCAGCAAUCACGUUGCCUCGGCGCUCUCCGUUCCCAUCCCAUGACUCGCCCUGACCAGCUUGCAUCUUAUCUCAAUGCUGUUUUACAUGAUGGCACCUACCAGGGUGACCUCGCCCAGCUGGACGUGCUGUCCUUCAUCCCUCAACGCCUGCACCUCAGCCAAUGCCUUUCUGAUAGCGUAGCAUUCUGGUGCCAUUUACAACUAGACACCCGUCGAAAACUCCCAAAGCCCAGCGUCGCCACCUUGCAUUACUACAGCAAGGCGCUCCAGAGCCUCCAGAGCACCCUGGAAGGCAAAAAUGCCUAUCGGACUGAAACUCUAGCGGCGGCGGUCCUGCUCCAGCGAACUACCCUGCCUUUCCAUAAAACGGUCAAGUCUGACUCGAUUGCACAUGCCAAGGGUAUCUCAGCUUUGGUCAUGCAGAGAGGCCCUCCUAAUUUGGAUGACGAUCUUGAUGUCUCGCUGGCCAUUGAGUUGUGCUCGAACCUAUUCUGCUGGCAUUCUCAUGGGGAUGAUGAUGACACACAUCAUUCUGAGGUAGAGCCAGAAUCACCCGAUGUUGACGGCCCAGAGCCCACGGCGGAAUCGUUGGCCAUUCCGGGACAAGACGUAAUUCGAGAAGUUUUCGUCGACUUGCUGAACACUAUACCCGCUCUCAACUCCAUCCAUGAAAAUCCAGAAUCCAAGAAGACAGUAUCGCUCGAAGCAGCCGAUGUCCGUCGACGACUUUACGAUCUAAACGCCAUCGCGUCCAAAACAGCUUCCCAGAUUAAAAAUCAGCUCAAGGAGAUGGGAUUGAUCCAAGUAUUACCCGAUCCCGAGUCCUUUGUCAAAAAAAGAUAUCACUUUGAGUCAGUCGACAUAGCACAAGCUGUUCUUGGGAUUUUCAUUCUCGAAAUCAUCGCACCCAGAAUGCUACUUGGACUCACCUCACUUUGUGACCCCCCAGAAGUGGAUGACGUGUUGCAAAGAUACCGGGAUGCCUCCGUUGAGCUUUGGAUGUGCAUCCCGUAUUUAGACAAGCUGGGACUCACGGAUGCGCAGAUCAUCUCCUGCGCCUUCUGCCUCAGCUAUGAAGCGGCGGAUGCCACCGAGAGGGAUCUUGUCGCGGAUGUUGCCGCGCGUUACGACACCUACCUCUCGAGGCUAAAGAACAACCGCACUUUGUUGAUCGAGCGGGUGCUGCGGACCGCAAAGCAAUUGACUGGUGGUGCAGACAUCAUGCCCAUACAAGUACUGAUGAUCGGCGGUCCGGAUAAGAAAUCGUCGCCUCCGAAGAAUAAGCAACCUCGGGCUUCACCUGGGAAGCCACAGUCUGCCCAUCUUCUUCACGGCUGCUUGUUCUUCCAGGGGCUCUUGAGCCAAGAUCCAGAUGACCCUUGA